AUGCAUCCUACGUCCCCUACUUCGCCGUCCUUUCCUCCCCCAUCACCCCUCACACCCCAUUCUCCAUAUAUGAGCCAGUCUCCCUUGAUGGCACCCCUUGCGCAAAACACCAAAGCAUUCUUCCCAGCAGAAGGAUCACCGCGACAAGUGUCAUCUCCAUCUCUGUUCAUCAGCACCAGCCUGGCUCGGCGCAGCAGCAACUCCAUGUCAAUUUGCUCCCCACGUCUGCCGUCAAGCCUGAAUUCUCCAGUCAUUCCAGCUCUCUACAACAUGAGAACACCGGACCGCGCAUGCUUCCAAGGCCCAUCCUCUGCUCUCAAGGAAGACGGCAGAAAGAGCCGCAUGGCGAUGCGCAGUCCUCCUUUCGAUCGUGUCAUGACGCUCCCCUUGAGAGUCAACACCAGCAUGUUCCCUCAGUUUACACCGGAGCCCAUGGCAUCGAUUAAUGAGCACCGGGACACACAGAUCGACUCUUCCAUGUCCAACACAACAACCCUGGUAGACUGGCCCUCCACACAAUCACCAACCUCACCCACUCUCAUCCGCCCAUCACGUCAGAGCUCUCCCGCCUUACACCGCUCCCCGAUCCGCAGACACUUCCGCGGCAAGCACCUCACACGACGUCUGCCACCACCACCACAAUACCACGUCACGGUGACUCGCAAACCCUCUUCCCCAACGACCCUACAACGCACACAACAAUACCUCUACAGCAUCGAGCACCUCCGCGCACCACUGGUGCCUCUAAUUUCCGUCUCCAAUGGGCUCCCGCACCCGUCCUUCCCCACCAGCCUCCUGCAAUACCACCUGCUGACGCACAAGCAACUCGACAGCCUCGCCAAGUGGUACCACCAGGUGACGCCGCCCGUCGAGGAAACCUUCAUGUAUCCCGCAUGGGUGCCGGCGUGGACGUCCGCGAUGCCUGGCAGUGACCCGGAUGCCGACGGCGCAAACGUGGACCUCGAAGUGAAACGCCGCCGUUGGGGUCGCUUCAUUGGGCUUCGCGGCUGUGAGAGUCCGACUGCCACGGGGCCGGAUGGCGAGGCACCCGACGAGUUGGUUCAGCGCAUGGAGAGGGAGUGGAGGCGUGCCAUUGAGAGGGCGGAGGAGGAGGAUCGCGCAUGGGAGAAGAGCUGGCGUGGUCGUUGGUGA